AUGCCGGAAAGGUGUCUGUUUGUGCUAACACUGGCAGCUCUCGCCUGGGGGGAGCCAUGGUUUGGGAAACUCGGCAACAUCCAGGGACACCACCUUGUGAACCACAAGCUGGAUUUCACCAAGUCCCACAUCCUGCCAUUGUUUCAGGAGAAAUAUAUUCGUAGAAGCGUGCCAACUCCGUCGAGAGGACCGGUGGGCCAGAUCGACCCUGCGGAGCUCAUCUGGGACUUGCAAGCCCUGAAGAAACCACCGCAACGGGAGAUCAAGCCGCACCCGGUCUAUGGGGUUCCUCAGAAUAGCUUCUGGGAUUUUGGAAGAGUUCAAGCUCAUACCGAGGCAUCUAGGGUGCCUUACCCAAUAUAUGGAUUACCAACUGAGGCCCCAAAAUUUCCUGAACCUCCGGGGGUGGUAACUACCAAGGCACCUAAGGUACCUCACUUUCAGUAUGGCCCACCGACUGAGAUUCCGCAAGUUCCCAGUUUUCCAGUGACUACAGAGCCUCCCAGGGUACCUCAUCCGGAGUAUGGAGUGCCCACGGAAGUGCCAAAAAUUCCUGAGCCUCCAAAAUUGCCGAUAACUACCGAGGCACCUAGGGUACCUCACCUUGAGUAUGGACCACCUACUAAGGUUCCAGAGAUUCCUGAAAUACCCGUUGUCCCUGAGGCUCCGUACCCACCAGAGGUUCCCGAGGAACCGAAGCAGCCUCAUAUCGAGUAUGGACCGCCGAAAGAACUUCCAAAAAUUCCUGAGCCGCCUGUGCUUCCAGAAGCACCUUACCCACCAGUGACUCCUCAAGUACCGAAACAGCCUCACACCGUGUACGGGCCGCCAAUUGAACUUCCGAAAAUUCCAGAGGUUCCAGUGCACCCGGAAGCACCUUACCCACCAGAACUUCCUGAAGAACCGAAGCAGCCUCAAACCGAGUACGGCCCACCAAUUGAACUUCCAAAAAUUCCCGAUCCACCGAUGCUUCCAGGAGGUCUUUACCCACCAGCAAUUUCUGAAAGUCCGCUUGCACCAGAAGCACCUUACCCAGCAGAAGUUUCCGAAGAACCGAAACAGCCUCAAACCGAGUACGGGCCACCAAUUGAACUCCCAAAAAUUCCCGAUCCACCUACGCUUCCAGGAGCCCCUUACGCCCCCGAAUCCGAAGACGACUCCGUAAUUCUCGAAAUUCUUCACCAAUUCGACGAUUCCGUAAACGUGCCAAAAUUGCCGGACACCUUUCAAGUCUUCGACAUCCCUGAAGCAGAGGUAUUACCAGCAAGGACCUCCCCUGGGAAAAAAUUCCGAUCCUUCGAGUCGCUACCGACACUCCUACGACGAUAGC